UUUUAUUUUAGGAGACUUUUAUUUUGAAUUCUCUUACUUCCCUUUUGUGGUGUUGCGUGUCUAGGUGCUUGGCUUCUCGCUAGGUUAUUACCAGAUAUGUCGAUGAUGAACGUUUGAUUAACCAGAACAUAGCGUUCACAAGUUUUUAACCCGUCAGAUGCCAAAUGUCAAUGCCACUGAGUCUACUUCUCCGCCUGAUGGUGGAAAUGUAGAGGAAAGAUAUGAAACCACGCCACAAACUCUCUCAGAUGGUGUCUCGGUGACACCAGUAACUAAAUCAUCCAACAACCAGACAAACAAUCGGACUGAAUUAGCUUUUUUACCUGAUGGAAGUCAUUUCAGGACUCAACAGGAUGUGAAUCCAGAUGGUGGGGAACUGGAUCGUUCAACACAAAUACAGACAGAAGUUACCAACACAUGUUCAACUGGGAACACAAGCCAAACAGAAAGAGAACGGGUCAUUGGAGAGUUGGGUAUUACUAGUGCUUCAUUUAUUGGGCCGGUGUGUCGUCCCAAGCCAUUUAUUGAGCAGGAGCUUUGUGAAUUUUACAAAGAGCUUGAGGAAGUCGAUAAGGUUGACGUGAGUGCUGACACCACACCGGUUGACCAGCAUGAGCUCCAUCCUUCCAACAAGCCCAGAAGCGACCAACCUUACAAUACAGUCAAUCCUGUUGUCGUAACUGAUCAUGGCAGAGCCUAUAGACCUUACCCAGAUCCACACGAACGCAACCAAAAAGAGCAGAAGAGAUGGAGACCUCACUUACAACGCAAUACGGAUGACUUUGGUAGAGGAGGAUAUCCAAAGCCGUGGGAUCCUCCUCCACCAUGGGUUCCUCUAGACCCAAGGGUGCAGUUCUUCCCUCCCCCAAACUCUGGAGGGGCUGUCAUGUAUCCUCCAGACAUGGGACCUCAGGGGAGCAUCUUCCACGGUUUCCAUGCCAACAACAACAGCUGGGGUCCAUGGGAAGGACCACCAUUACCUUUAAACAGAUGGCAUGAACGAAACAGGGGUUUCCAGUCACAUGAGCAUCCUGGAUUCUCUGAGGAAUAUGAAACAUCUUCAUUACACGGGGAGCAGCAUUAUCAUGAAAAGGACCGAUAUCAGUGUUAUAAUAACACUGCUUUAGUGCUCAUACUGUUGAGAGGAGUCCCAGGAUCUGGAAAAUCCACUUUGGCCAGAGAGCUCCUGUCCACUGGUCCCAACGGAGUAAUACUGAGCACAGAUGACUACUUUUUCCAAGACAACAGAUAUGUGUAUGAUUCUGCUCUGCUUGGGGAUGCACAUGACUGGAAUCAGAAGAGAGCUGAACAAGCGAUGUCGGAGGGCCGAUCACCUGUUAUCAUCGACAACACUAAUGUUAAAGCCUGGGAAAUGAAGCCUUAUGUUCAAAUGGCUUUAGACAAUGGAUACAGAGUGGACUUUCUUGAGCCAGAUACCCGCUGGAAAUAUGAUCCUGCCCAGUUAGAAAAGAGGAACAAGCACGGAGUCCCUCGAGAAACAAUAGCAAAGAUGCUGGAUGGUUUCGAGCGGCCGGUGAAUGUUGACAUUGUGAUGAAUUCUGUGGUGCCUCCCCAUAAAAAGAAAGGCAAUUAACAGAGAACCAAUGAUAUUUAGCUGUUCUUGAAUUAGAAAUAUUGCCAUUAGGGGUGUGCAGCGAAGCCAGUAUUUGUAUCUGUAUUUGUAUCUGUAUCAAUCACAAAAUUAUUUGUAUCUGUAUCUGUAUUCGGAUAAUACCGGAAGUAGGCAGAGCUUGAACCAGAACUGAACAGAUAUGCAGUGUUUAACUAAAAUAAUAUAUAUUUUUUUAUGAUUAUAACAUUUAGCCUAUUUAAACAUCUUCUAACAGUUGGAGCCGAUUUCCUUGUAUAGGCGGUGCUUCGAGAUACAGUGCGGUUGUGCUUCGAGCAACGUGAGUUUGAGUCCCAGCUUGGGGACCUUUCAUGAUCCAAUAAAUAGAUAUUUAAGUAUCUAAAUUAAAACAGUAAGGGUUCCUACGCAAUUUAGAAAUAUGGAAAAUGAUUUAAGUAAUUUCCAGGAAAUGCAUGGAAAAAGGCAACUGCAACACUGUUAUUUUAUUAACUCAUUUAGCUACUUCACACACUUGUUACUGUGUUGUAAUUUUAGAGGAUUAUGUAAAACAACAUGAAUUCCUUUGGCUCACUGGUUCCUGCGUUUAAAAAAAGUAUUUCACUUAAUGCGCAGGUCUGGAAAACCUAUGGGGAAAAAAGAGAACAGAGUAUGGAAAAAUAUGUCCCUUUUUUUC